UUCUCUUUCUUUCUUCUUCCAUUUUCCAUCCCGAUCCCCUCCUCCUCUUCUCUUCUUUCCCCCCACGAAGCUAGGGGCGAGCUCGGAAGGGGGCUCGGGAUGAGGCCGGCCCGAAGCCGGCGGCGCUGCAGCCAACCGGCGGUGCCUGCAGCGGCCGCGGCCCGGCUGGCCCCUCUCCUUCUCCACCUCCGGUGGAGGAGGUGGGUUGCGGGUACCACCGAGAUGUAGAGGAGCCCCGCCGAAGCCGGUGGUGCCCGCGAAAUGUACGGCCGACGUCCACGGUCAGCCUGAUGGCGUCCAUCAUGCUUCAAGCCGGCAGCCACCCACGGUCAACAGGGAAAUCUCCCUUCGGCCGUCUUCUCCGAUCCCCUCCGGCGAAGAUCACACCGGUUCCACCCCUGGGAACCAGAUCUGUCCGAGCCGAGGGUCCUUCCGUGCAUCUAAGGGUUAGGGUUUACCUCAUUCCGAUGAGCCGUGAAGUAUUCCCGGCGACUACUGUGCCUGCUUCGGCGGCAGAAGGUGAUGACAAGCUGGAGAUCCUCCCUCCUCCGGCGCCACUGCUCUCGGUCCGGCUCCUUGCACAGAAGACAAAGAGUAAGGGAGGUAAGAGGUGGUCGAUGGAGUUCUCUGUGACUCCAUGGGCUUUUGUAGCUCCUCAUCCAGCUCGGAGGGGUGGGGGACCGCGGCUGUUAGGCAGUUUUAACUGCCUCAACAGCUGCCGUUCUCCACCGCCUUAUUCCCGAAAUCACCAGAUGGACCGCCGACUUCGGUCCAUCUGGUCCGGGGUUUACAUUCUUCCCUCCUUAAAAGAAAUUUCGUCCUCGAAAUUUUACAUACUUUAAUCCUUAAACAAAUAAAGAUACUUAGUCUUUUAUCUAAUAUUCCACUAGACUUCCGCUGCGCAACUUUGAUUGAGCCCAACAUAUCAAAGGCUCAGUCUCAAUUUGUAUUAACUCUAACUUUCUCACUUAAGUGAAAAGAUUCUUAAACAUAACAUCCAUAAGAAUAGCUUUUUUUUUUUUUAAGAGAGAUGACAUCACAUAAAGACUGGUUCAAUUCUUAUGACGUGCAUUUUAGAGGGUUAGAAACCCACAAGAUACAAAGGUGUCAGAAGAUUUACAAUUAAUUGACACCUGGCCUUCAUGGCAUUAUCUAGGAUGAUAUUUGUCACUAUUUGAUCAUUUGUACCAGCAUUCUACUGAGUCAAUGCAAAAGCUGAGCUUCCGAUUUAGUAGGUUCCGAAUCAUUCUUCUUUUUAUUUGGACAAUCCCGUGCGAAAUGUCCAUGUUGACCACAAGUGAAGCAGACUCCCAUCUUCUUAAAACAAGGCCCCCCAUGAGUCUUGCCACAGUAGGUACAGACCUCAAACCUCUUCUUCUUAUUUGUACUACUUUCAAGGUUCUGUGGCCUGUCACUCAGACUUUCUGUCAUCUUGGGUCUCUUCUGGUCACUUCUUUCUUUUUCUGAUCUCUUCAAUUCGGCUUCUAAUUUUAGAGCCCUUUUCAAUACAUCCUGGUAACUAGUGAAAAGCAGAACAGCCAACCUGGACCUGAUCCCAUAUCUCAGGCCUUGUUCAAACCUAUUAGCUUUACUUAUCUCUUCCUCCAUGAACUGAGGACAAAACCUGCCCAAUUCAUUAAACUUGCUGGCAUAUUCCAAUACUGUCAUAUUCUCGGUCUGUUUCAGGGCCAAGAAUUCGUUCUGCUUCACCAAUCUCACUGAUUGAGGAAAGUAUUGGUUGUAUAAUUUACCUUUAAAUUCCUCCCAUGUCAGUUGUUCACCAUUUCCUUGAACAGCAGCCUUCAUAGCUAUCCACCAGAACUUAGCGUUUCCUUUGAGCAUAGGAACCGCCAAUUUGACCUUGACCUCCUCGGAAAAUUGUAGGGCAUCAUACAUCUCCUCUAUCUCCCGAAUCCAAGCCUC